AUGUUGUUAGCAGAAGGCAAUCAGAGUGUUGGAGCCACAUUCACCCUCUUGGGCUUCUCGGAAUAUCCAGACUUCCAGGUUCCCUUGCUAUUGGUGUUCUUGACCAUCUACACAGUCACUGUGGUAGGGAACCUGGGCAUGAUCAUGAUCAUCAGGGUCAGUCCCCGACUCCACACCCCCAUGUACUUUUUCCUCAGCCACUUGUCCUUUGUCGAUUUCUGUUAUUCCACCACAGUUACACCCAAACUGUUGGAGAAUUUGGUUGUGGAAGACAGAUCCAUCUCCUUCGUAGGCUGCAUCAUGCAGUUCUUCUUGGCUUGUGUAUGUGCGGUGGCAGAAACAUUCAUGUUGGCAGUGAUGGCCUAUGACCGAUUUGUGGCUGUUUGUAACCCUCUACUCUACACGGUUGUCAUGUCCCAGAAGCUGUGUGCGUUGUUAGUGGCGGGGCCCUACAUAUGGGGUAUAGCCUCUUCCCUGACACUCACCUGUUUUCUCCUGACAUUAUCCUUCUGUGGGUCUAAUAUCAUAAAUAAUUUUGUCUGUGAGCACUCUGUCAUUGUCUCUGUCUCCUGCUCUGACCCCUACAUCAGCCAAAUGCUUUGUUUUGUCAUUGCCAUAUUCAAUGAAGUCAGCAGCCUGGUCAUCAUUUUCACUACUUAUAUUUUCAUUUUUGUCACAGUCAUAAAAAUGUCUUCUGCUGGUGGGCGCCAAAAAGCCUUCUCCACUUGUGCCUCCCACCUGACUGCCAUCACCAUCUUCCAUGGGACUAUCCUGUUCCUUUAUUGUGUACCCAACUCCCAAAACUCAUGGCUCAUAGUCAAAAUAGGUUCUUUAUUUUAUACAGUGGUGAUUCCUAUGCUGAACCCUCUGAUCUAUAGCCUCCGAAAUAAAGACGUGAAGGAGAGUGUCAAGAAGUUAAUAAAUCACUCAAUACAAGUUUGUUGA